UUGGAAACCGGAAGUACGUUCAGAAUGUCAUGUGAUUUUUAGCUUGCAGCUCUAACUUAGCAUGUAGCGCACAUCAGCUGGUUUUAAAGCAAUUUUAAGACGCCAUUCAGAGACAGUUACUGAUAUUAUUACCGUUAUGGCAGAUGAUUUAAAGAGAUUCCUGUACAAGCAGUUGCAGAGUGUUGAAGGUCUUCAUGCUGUUGUGGUGACUGACAGAGACGGCGUUCCAGUUAUUAAAGUUGCCAAUGACAACGCCCCGGUCCACGCUCUGAGACCUGGCUUUCUGUCUACCUUCGCUCUGGCCACAGAUCAGGGCAGCAAACUUGGCCUUUCCAAGAACAAGAGCAUCAUCUGCUACUACAACUCCUACCAGAUCGUGCAGUUCAAUCGUCUCCCUCUGGUCAUCAGCUUCAUCGCCAGCAGCAGCGCCAACACAGGUCUCAUUAUGAGUCUGGAGAAGGAGUUGGCUCCACUAAUAGAAGACCUGAGACAGGUUGUGGAGGUGACAUAAGCUAAGAUUUACCAGACAACCUGCUGCGAUGCGUUCACGUCCCGUUUGAAAACCUGACCGCUGUUUGCUUUCGUGUGGACCAGUUUCUUACUCGCAAUGAAACUUUGCUGUAAACUUUCGCUCAGUCGACUUUGCUUUCCAACAUUUCCGUGGCGUUAAAAUCAAAAUAAAGAUUUGAAUUUUGACAACGAA